AUGUCGAAUAUACCUUUAGUACGUCGGGCGAUCGUUGGAGCUACUCUAGCCCAUAAUGCACCAGGUCUUCAGUCGCCGGGUCAAUCCAACUCACCGGUUGAACCUGACCCGAUGAUCGUCGAGGGAGGUCAAGAGAGCCAGUGGACCCCCGCCGCGUUAGAAAGGGUUGGGUCGACGUUGAAGGCUUUGAAUCGUAUGGCCAAACGACCACCUGUACAUUUAUUGUUCGAAGAUGUCAACUACACCGUAAGCUCUCAUAAGGGGGAGCAGAGAAUACUUCAAAGCGUCUCCGGAGAGUUUCGUUCAGGAGAGCUGACAUGUAUACUAGGACCUUCGGGGGCUGGAAAGUCUACUUUACUCAACAUCUUAGCAGGAUACACGUUAAACGGCGUCACCGGACGUGUAUCAGUCAACGGACACGUGCGAGACAUGAGGGUGUUCAAGAAACUGAGCUCGUACAUCAUGCAGGAUGAUCUGCUGCAGCCAAGACUGACCGUACAAGAGUCCAUGUGGAUCGCUGCUGAUCUGAAACUCGGCAAGGAACUGGGAAAGCCGGAGAAGGAACUCAUUAUUGAAGAAAUUCUACAAACACUAGGUCUGUGGGAUCACAGAGACACAAGGUCUGAAAAACUGUCUGGAGGACAAUCGAAACGUCUCACUGUCGCCCUGGAGCUGGUCAACAAUCCGCCCAUCAUAUUUCUGGAUGAGCCUACCACAGGCUUGGACAUCGUGUCGAUACGACAACUGGUAGUGCUUUUGCGGCUAUUGUCAAGACAAGGAAGAACUAUCAUAUGCACAAUACACCAGCCCUCGGCUUCUCUGUUCGCUCUCUUCGACAGAGUGUAUGUGAUGGCGCGGGGAAUGUGCUGUUAUCAGGGUGCCGCUCCUCUUCUGGUACCGUAUCUAUCAGAGCUGGGGCACACUUGCCCCACGACCCACAAUCCAGCGGACUUCGUGCUGGAAACGAUCAUCACCGACGCGGAAGCAGCGGCUCAGAUGUCGGAAUUGUGCCAGAAUGGAAAACUUUGCAGGAAACUGGAUAGGAUGUUAGCGAGAGGUGGAAAGAAACCAAUUUUACAUUCAGACGAGUCAAUACAAAGGAUAUUCGUCGAGCACAUAGCCAAAGAACAAAUGCAGAAGAUGGAAUUUCCGACCACGUUUUUCACGCAAUUCUAUAUCCUAACGAAAAGGAUGUUCAUACAAAACAAAAGAAAUUUGACCACACUCUGGAUACAGUUAGCGCACCAUCUAACUUCAGCCAUUCUUCUUGGAAGUAUAUUCUUCGGCAUUGGUAACGACGGGGCCUAUCCAGUAGUAAAUUUUAAGUUCUGCAUGAGCUGUUUGGUGUUUUUCAUGUACACAUAUAUAAUGAUACCGAUAUUGUUAUUUCCGAUGGAAGUGCACCUACUGCGUCGGGAAUACUUCAAUCGCUGGUACAGCUUAAAGGCUUAUUAUGCUGCGCUGAGUUUUGCCACUAUGCCUGCGAUGACUUUACUUGGCCUCAUAUUCCUGGUUAUAACGUAUUUCAUGUCAGGGCAGCUGCUAGAGUGGGAGAGGUUUACAUUGUUCUCUAUCAGCGGACUGCUUACGGGAAUAUGUUCCGAGGGCUUAGGUCUCGCCAUAGGCGCAGCACUGAGUGUUACUAAUGGCUCUAUCGUCGGACCAUCGAUCGUGUCACCACUGCUGGUUCUCUGCUGCUAUGGGAUGGGUUUCGGUCCUUACAUAGAGGGCACCAUGCGCGCCCUAAUGUCCGCCUCGUAUCUGCGUUACGGUCUUUCCGGAUUAACUUUAUCCCUCUUCGAAAACCGACGGCCAAUGGACUGUUCAUUAGAAUUCUGUUUGUAUUCCGAUUCUAAGCUCCUACUGCGGGACGUGGGAAUGACAAACGAUCGAUACUACAUUCAAAUAAUAGGAUUGUUGGCAUUCACGUUCGUUUAUCGAUUGUUGGCGUAUUUCGCUUUGAGGUAUCGAAUGACCGCAGAUUUUUCUAAUCGAUUCAUGUGUUACAUUAGUAAAUUUUUAAAGCAUCGAUAAUUCGUAAACAGCUUUUAGAGUUAAUUCAUUAAUGGUAUUUAAAUCGUCUCAAGAGAAUUGAAUCUUUUCAAAAUUAGAACUAUGGUCUGGGUUAGAUUAUAUUUAUGAUGUAUUUUUUUUAUUGUUAAAAAAACGCAUACAAUUACUUUAAGGUAUAAUAACUCGGUACUUAUCAAUUCGAUGAAUUUAAUUAUAAUUUUAGAACUAUAUAAAAGAGAACAUAGUUUUAUCGUUCUUGUUCAAAUGUGAAGUUGUACUCUCUAUAUCUCAUUAGUUUAAGAUUAGAUAAACAUUUAGGGGUUUUGACAGUUUUUUUAAGUCAUUUUAAGCGAUUUUAUAACAAAAAUAUUUGAUUUAGUUGAAACAAUAAAGAUAUUAGU